AGAUGGGUGCCGAGGGUGCUGACCCUGCGCUUCCUCUUAUUAGCUCAGAACUCAGAAGACAAGAGGACCUCUCGGAGAAACCCAAGAGAGGGAAGUAGGAAGAAGGGAGACGAUGGAUCUCUCGCAGAUCCAAAGCGCCCUCGCUUCCAAAUCGUACGAGAAGAUUGCAGACAUCUGCGACGAGUUCAUGCUCCAGUUUGCCUCGAGAGGAAUCGCCUUCCAAGCGGAGUGGCCUUAUACGAUCCAUCUUCUAGGGCACAUCUAUGUGAACGAUCUCAACAGCGCAAGGUUCUUGUGGAAAUCGAUACCCCAGGGGAUCAAAGAGAGCCGACCGGAGCUCGUGGCCGCUUGGAAGAUUGGGCAGUGCCUCUGGAAUCGAGACUAUGCCGGGGUUUAUGGUGCUAUUCGUGGCUUUGAGUGGAGUCCUGAAGUUGUUGGUCUCGUCACCGCCUUCUCAGAGAACUGUACAAACAAAAUGUUUCAGCUGUUAACUUCUGCUUAUUCAACAAUUGCUGUUGCUGAUGUGGCUCAUUUUAUGGGAAUGAGUGAGGAUGAUGCCACAAACUAUGCACUGCAGCAAGGUUGGACAUUGGAUUCAUCUUCUCAGAUGCUGACUGUUAGGAAGCCAAAGAUCACCACAGAGCAGAAACUAGACCCCAGCAAACUACAGCGUUUAACACAAUAUGUUUUCCACCUGGAGCACUGAUCUCCUUAACCUUUUGCAUUUUAAAGAGUUUUUUUUUCCUUGUUUCUUUUAGUCAAAUUAGAUAUCCAUUGGAUUGGUUGUCAGUAAUGUAAGGAAGCAUGCUCUAAAUUUGCUCUGACGUUGAGGGUUUAGAAAUUAUUCUUGCUGCUAUGGACUAUGGAGCUCUUUAACGAUUGUUAAAUUAAGAGCUUAGCUAAUAUGGCUUUUCAGUAA